UCCCGCGUCGGCGCCACCUUGACCUCGACACCCAACUGCCGGCACCCCAAAGCUUUCCCUAAACCACCAGCCACCCCCACCCCAAUGAACUCCUUUCUCCCUCGAAAAACGCACCCCUCCCCACCGCCGGCGUCCAAUCACCCUUCCUCGCGCCGAUGAACCCCACGCCAUCUCCCCCUGCCCCUCCCUCUGCCACCUCCACCCCCAGAACCACCACGCCAAAACCCCAAAUUAAAAAACCCUAAAAUCGAAACCUAGGGUUUCGAUUUUAGAGAAUUCAAUUUUGGGGUUUUAGGGUGUCGAGGAUGGUGGUUUAAGGGGGUGGGUGUGUUUCCGACGGUAUUUCGAGGGGGUGGAUGGGGUCCGACGAGGUUUCAAGAGGGUGGGUGGGGGUGUUCAAGGAAGAGAAGGGUGGCGGAAAAUGGUUGUUGAGGGGGAUGCUGGGAAAGGGAGGGGUAGGAGGUUGGCAAAGGUGGUCGGUCGGAAUUAAUGGAGGGUGAAGGGAAGAAGAAGAGGAAAGGGAAAGGAAAGGGAGGAAGGAGGAAGGAGAAAGGAGGAAGGAAAGAGAAAGGAAGGAGGGAAGAGGAGGGGUUGCCGGAUUAUGGUGGUGGAGGGGAGGGGCUGCCAGAAAUUAUGGAGGAGGAGCAAGGAUGGAGGAAAGAGAAAGGAAGGAGGAAGGUGGAUAGGUUAAUUUUUUUUUUUUUUUUUUUUUUAAUAUAAAUCUAACUAUAAGUAAUAUAUUUAAUGAAAUAAGUUUAUAAGUGAGAUGAAAAUUGUAACCAAGAUCAUUUUGUAUAAUUGAAAAAAAGAGGUCACUACUAUUGAUACGUAGCAAAAGUUGGGAUCACCAUUGAGAUUAUCCCAUAAAAAAAACAACUCUACCUACCAAACGUCUCAUUCCCACAAAGCCACCACAAAUCCAAAAAAAAAUGCGGGCUCUUUCCACCAACCCCUUCUCUUCAACUACUACAUCUUCUUCCUCCCACCAUUAGGAGAGAGAAACUUUCUUCAUUCUCCCUCCAUUUUCUCCCCCUUUCCCAACCUCCCACUUUCAUGGCGGCCUCAGCUCACCCCUCUUCUCUCUGCUUCUCCCUCAACCCCACCUCAUCAAAAGCCUCGAUUUCAAAGUCAACCAACCUCUUUGUUGGAGUUGUUGGUGGGUCUUCCGUCAAAUUGAAUUCGGAUCAUUUGGGCUCGAAUCGAAUUGCAGUAAGUGUUGGUCGGGUUAGAUCGGCGAUUCAUGCGAGUUCGACUCAGUUAACCCCUGCUGAGUCACCCAGUAGUAGUGGGUUUAGUAAGAUGACGAGCUCUUCUAGGGUUCCUAACAUUGUCGAUGUUAAUUUGGGUGAUCGAAGUUAUCCUAUUUAUAUUGGACCUGGUCUUCUUGAUCAACCCGAACUUCUUCAAAGGCAUGUGCACGGAAAGAGGGUUCUUGUGGUUACGAACACCACUGUUGCACCCUUGUAUUUGGAUAAAGUUAUCAAUGCUUUGACUAAAGAUAACCCGAACGUAUCAGUAGAAACUGUGAUUUUACCGGAUGGAGAGCAGUACAAGGACAUGGAUACUCUUAUGAAAGUCUUUGACAAAGCUAUUGAGUCAAGGUUGGACAGACGGUCCACAUUUGUGGCUCUUGGAGGUGGUGUGAUUGGCGAUAUGUGUGGAUUUGCUGCAGCUUCUUUCCUGCGUGGAGUUAACUUCAUUCAAAUUCCAACUACUGUUAUGGCCCAGGUGGAUUCUUCAGUGGGUGGAAAGACUGGCAUAAACCAUCCGCUGGGAAAAAACUUGAUUGGGGCUUUUUACCAACCUCAAUGUGUACUUGUUGACACUGACACAUUAGACACACUGCCUGACAGAGAAUUGGCAUCUGGGCUCGCUGAGGUAAUAAAAUAUGGUCUUAUUAGGGAUGCUGAGUUCUUUGAAUGGCAAGAGAAGAACAUGGAUGCAUUGAUGGCAAGGGAUCAUAUUGCCUUUGCAUAUGCUAUAAAGCGCUCCUGUGAAAACAAGGCCGAGGUUGUAUCUUUGGAUGAGAAGGAAGGUGGACUGAGAGCAACAUUAAACUUAGGUCACACUUUUGGACAUGCAAUAGAAACAGGAUUUGGCUAUGGCCACUGGCUUCAUGGAGAAGCUGUUGCAGUUGGAAUGGUCAUGGCUGUUGACAUGUCACACCGUCUUGGUUGGAUAGAUGAAUCACUAGUGGGGCGUGUUCAUAACAUCCUAAAAAAGGCUAAGCUACCUAUUGCACCUCCUGAAAGCAUGACUGUCGAAAUGUUCAAGUCCAUUAUGUCGGUCGAUAAGAAGGUAGCUGAUGGUGUGUUGAGGCUCAUUCUUUUGAAAGGUCCCCUUGGAAACUGUGUAUUCACCUCAGAUUAUGAUAAAAAGGCGCUGGAUGAAACUCUGAGUGCCUUUUCCAAGUCCUAAUUCGUGAUAUUAGUAUAUAAUUGUACCCACUAUUCUUUUUGUAAUUGAUGGAUGGUCAAGCAGCCAUACCAUGAAAAGUGUAUCAGCUGAACUAUAUGAAUCAUUUGUUGUUUUUAUCUCUGUAGAAACGGAAAUAGUUUCUGUUGUGAGAUCAAUACCUGAUAGAGUGAUAAUAGAUACAUGAUGUAAUUAACAUAAUAGCACUAAUAAUUAUCAAGUAGAAGUUCUUGAAUUAGCCUUUUUCCUUAGGGGAAGCAUCUUCAUCGAAUAA